CGAUUCGGGUCGGGCCGAGCCCAGGAGCGCACGGGCAAUGCGGGCGGCCGGGCGGGGGUUGGCCGGCCCCUGAACCCCGCGCUCCCUGGGCAAGUGAGGGAGCCCCGCAGCGGCGCGCGCCGGAGGCGGCCGACCCGCCAUGGCUGGGGUCAGCUACUCGGCGCCCUGGUGGGUGAACCUCCUGCACCGGCUGCCCCACUUCGAUCUGCGCUGGGAGAUCACCAGCAGCCAGUUCCGGCCCGAAGAUACCGACUACCAGCAGGCGCUGCUGCUGCUGGGGGCCGCCGCGCUGGCCUGCCUCGCCCUGGACCUCCUCUUCCUGCUCUUCUACUCCUUCUGGCUGUGCUGCCGGCGGCGCAAGAGCGAGGAGCAUCUGGAUGCCGACUGCUGCUGCACCGCCUGGUGCGUCAUCAUUGCCACCCUGGUCUGUAGCGCUGGCAUCGCUGUGGGGUUCUAUGGCAAUGGGGAGACCAGUGACGGCAUCCAUCGGGCCACCUACUCGCUCCGCCAUGCCAACCGCACAGUGGCAGGGGUCCAGGACCGCGUGUGGGACACCGCGGCGGCGCUGAACCGCACGGCAGAGCCCAGCCUGCAGAGCCUGGAGCGGCAGCUGGCCGCGCGCCCAGAGCCCCUGCGUGCGGUCCAGCGGCUGCAGGGCCUUCUCCAGACGCUUCUAGGCUACACUGCUGCCAUCCCCUUCUGGAGGAACCCGGCUGUGUCCUUGGAGGUGCUGGCUGAGCAGGUGGAUCUCUACGACUGGUACAGGUGGCUGGGCUAUUUGGGCCUGUUGCUGCUCGACGUGGCCAUCUGCCUGCUGGUGCUGGUCGGCCUCAUCCGCAGCUCCAAGGGCAUUCUGGUUGGGGUCUGCCUACUGGGGGUCCUGGCCCUGGUCAUCAGCUGGGGCGCGCUGGGCUUGGAGCUAGCUGUGUCCGUGGGCUCCAGCGACUUCUGUGUGGACCCCGACACCUACGUGACCAGGAUGGUGGAGGAGCACUCCGUGCUGAGUGGGGACAUCCUGCAGUAUUAUCUGGCCUGCUCGCCCCGUGCCUCCAACCCCUUCCAGCAGAAGCUGUCUGGCAGCCACAAGGCGCUGGUGGAGAUGCAGGAUGUUGUGGCUGAGCUGCUGAAGACCGUCACCCAAGAAUCCCCGGCCACCAAGGAUCCUCUGCUCCGGGUCCAGGAGGUGCUGAAUGGCACAGAAGUGAACCUGCAGCACCUCACCGCCCUGGUGGACUGCCGCAGCCUGCAUCUGGACUACGUGCAGGCCCUCACUGGCUUCUGCUACGAUGGCGUGGAGGGCCUCAUCUACCUGGCGCUCUUCUCCUUCGUCACAGCCCUCAUGUUCAGCUCCAUCGUCUGCAGCAUCCCGCACACCUGGCAGCAGAAAAGGGGCCCCGAUGAGGACGGGGAAGAGGAGGCAGCCCCAGGGCCCAGGCAGGCGCACGACAGCCUGUACCGCGUGCACAUGCCCAGUCUGUACAGCUGUGGCAGCAGCUAUGGCAGUGAGACCAGCAUCCCUGCCGCAGCCCACACCGUCAGCAACGCCCCGGUCACUGAGUACAUGAGCCAGAAUGCCAACUUCCAGAACCCGCGCUGUGAGAACACGCCCCUCAUCGGACGCGAGUCCCCGCCGCCCUCAUACACCUCCAGCAUGAGAGCCAAAUACCUCGCCACCAGCCAGCCUCGCCCCGACUCCAGCGGCAGCGGCCACUAGACAGCCCCAGCCGGCCACCCACCCGCGUGCCAAUCGCCCCGCUCCUCCCCGUGCCAGCACUGCCGCUUUCACCUGAGACCACUCGCCGAACCCUCCGCACGCACGCCAGGCCCGCUGCAGGCCCCUUUGCGGCCCCUUUCCCUUCCCCAUCCCAUCCUGCAGGGGCAUGGAGAUGAGGAGCUCCAGGCCUGCGCCCUCCCCUCAGCCACACGCCUGGACACCUGCGAGUGAGGCCACCAGCGCCGGGCCCUCACCCCCCACACCUGCCCACCUGAAGAUCUGGGUUCGCAGAGCACUGCCCUGGGCCAGCCAUGUACCCACCCCUCGCUCUGCAGCUCGCUGACCCCGUGGACGCCCACGUUUUCCUCGGCUCACACCCGGCCUGCCCCUUCCCUCCUGCAGCUCUGUGCUCCUGCGCCCCCCAGGCUUCUGUCCACAGGCUGUGCAGCGCCCCUGUGGCGCCCAGCACCCGGAGGGGCCUCGGCACACGUCUGCCUGCCAGGCUCCCUUGCAGAGAGCUCCCGGGGCACCUCUUGCCCCUCCGGGCAGUCUGUAGCUCUUCCUUUUCUCUCUACUGACCACAGGCCCCUCCUGCUGGUUGCCAGAAGCCUCCCAGGGAGGCUCCACUUCCUCUGCCUCCUGCCCAGCACUGCUCUCUCCCACAGCGCCCACCCUGCCCGCAGCACCCAGCCCCCCCGCUGCCGCGGCGGGAGGACGGCAGGGGCCAUGCUGAGCCCUGGUUGCCCACUCAGUGCUGGCCACCUUCUUGGUGCCAAACCCCCUCCCCCACCCCAAGACUUGGCAGCUCGUCUGGUUCGUUUUUGCACUAACCACAUUUGUCACCCUAGGGCAGGCGGGACUGCAGGCCGGGCAGCCCUCCCUUCUCAGUUCCCUCUCUGUUCAGGACAGGCGCAGUGUCCCGUGCUGGGCUGUGGGGCUGGCCCCAAGCUGGCUGCGAACAGGCCCUCAGCCACUGCCACCCCUCUUGGGACUAACCACUAACCUCACCCAGCCUCUGCAGGCACCCCCUGGCCGGACCAGAGCCAGCAUAAGAGUCCAGGCCAGAGAUGAGGUCUGAGCCGGCCGUCUGGGGAUCAGGCUGGAGUAGCCGUUUCUUGUUGGGGUACUGCCGGGGAAGGGCUGUAGAUAGGCAGGCAGCCCAGGAGCCUGGAGAGCCGUUCCCGGACAAGCGCUGCCCCAGGAUGACUGUGUCCUAGGGAAUGAAUGUCCCUUGGGCUGUACGAGGUUCCUGGGCCUCGGUCUCCCUACCUGUGAAGUGGGAAAAAGACUUCCCUAAGGUGCUUUGGCUUUAGUGUACAAUGUUUGCUGUGUUUCCUGCCGUGGAGAGGGGGCUACCCCUAAAUCAGGAUGGGGCGGCCCCUGCCACUCCCAACCUUGGCCUAGCCAGCCUGAAACGGAAAGGCUCUGACCUGUGCAUCGAGCCAGGGGCAGCAGAGUACCAGCAGUGGCCACGUGUGAGGGCCCAGGUCCUGCAGUGGGAGGUGGGCAGCUGGCCAAGCCGCUUACAGACAUGUGGCUCUUCCUUCCUGGGUGGGGGCAAUGCCCUUCCCUGGGACAGGCCGCCUGCCCUUCCUCCACAAUCCUCUCUCUGUGUUGGUGUCUGGGACCAAAAGGGCCGGUGGGCUGGAGGCCAGGCCACAUCUGCCCCACUAUGGGGGCAAACCCCCGCCCCAGGAAGGGAAGGGAGUUAACAGGCAAACACUGGGGUGCCCCAGGUAGUCCUGGGGCCCCGAGCCUUGCGUCUGAGCCCGUGGGCACGGCCAAACCUCACUGCAGGGCACUGGAGACCCCGAUCCCUGCCCAGCCGUGUUCUGGGCCCCCACGGCAUAGCUGCCCAGUGUUUCCUCUGGGCUCCACAGUGGCAAGAGCGCUCCGGGCCCGGGGUCCAGAGGAGGCUCCAGCAGCCUUGCCUGAGUGCUGCUGUGCGCCCUGCCGCUGCUCAGAAGCACAAAUGGCUGCCUGCGGCCCUAGGAGGCUGCCCGCAAUGUGAAUGUACAUAGCAUGAGAGGCGGGUGCUGCCCAGACAGGCUGCGGACCUUGGCCGUCCUGGGAGCUCCCUCUGUGCGUCCUGUGCUUGUGUGCCUGCCCCAUCUGUGACGUUAUCGAGUUCCUCAUUCUCUCCAAGGUUGAAUAAAGGAAAAGGAGAAUAAAUCACAAGGGGCUCGAACCCAAGCCUCAGUCUGUGGAGGAGAGCAGGUCCUGCCAUUGGUUUUCUUUCUGUUUGAAGUUUUCAGGGUUCCCUUCCUCACCGCCCCCCCCCAUCCCAGUGACUUCUCCGCAUCCCUUCCCACUGGCCCUUGACAAAGUGGGUGGCAGGUGGGAGGGAGGAGCCCCCGGGGCCUAGAAGCACCCCCACAUAGGGUCCAGCUGGCUCCCAGGGCCCGGACAGGCUGGGCAAGUGGGAGGCAGGGUCCAGCCGGGACACCUGGCUGAUGGGGCUCCCCGUGCCAACAUCCACUGCCCCUGGGUCCCUUGCCGCGUCACCCACCCCAUCUCACUAUGCAAUUCCAGGCCAAGUACCAUUCCCUCCCUACCCAGGACUGCUGCCCAGCCCAGGAGGGGUGGGGAGCCUCCCUGGGCCACAGCUGAGGGGCAGGCAGGGAUGGUUGACUUAACCAUAAUGGUUGCGUGCUAUGCCACUGUUCUAUAUAAUCUAUCAUCCAACAUGAUUUUGUUACGACUCCAACCCUCCCAGUCCCCUCCUGGCCCCUAUACCCUCUCCCCAGUGUGAUUUAGUGCCAUGAGCGGGAAGAGGGAACUGAGGCCCAAACCAUUUGGCACCUUCCUCCAGCGUCUUCCUCCAACCUCUGCAGGGCCACGGCUGUAUGUGCUGUCGCUGUUUUUUUAUUUUUGUUUUUGUUUUUUUAACUGUGUUUGGGGUUUGAUUUUUAUUUCUUUGGGGGCUUUAUUUUUCUCGACAAAUAACUAAAAAUCUUGUCAAUGUAAUUUCUGUGGUUUCUAUUGAGCUUGGGUUUCAUGUUUUAAAAUAAAUUUUAAAAAACAA